AUGGGUAUCCAAUCCUUAUCAGAUCAAGAGAGGGGUCAAUUGAAUAUACUCCACGGUAAUGGUGAUGUAUUGACAUCAUCUGUUGCUAGAUUAUACGAGGGAAAGAAUAAUGUAUGGGAAUACACUGGUGUCGUUGGUGCUCUCUCUCUUAUCUCUCAACGUAUCGAAAAAUCAUUCUACAUUAAAAUUGUAGAUUUAAAGAAUACUAGAACUGUAUUUGAACAAGAAUUGUAUGAUGGAUUUGAUUAUCAAAAGUCAAGAGACUUUUUCCAUACUUUUGAAGGUGACAAUGCUGUCUAUGGUUUGUCAUUUGCUGAAGUUAGUGAAGCACAUGAAUUCCACAGUGUCAUGAUGAACAUUAAGAGUGGUGGUACUGGAAGAGCCCCUGCUCCAACUUCAUCUUCAUCUUCAAGUCUCAAUGUUAGUAAAUCAACACCAGCAGCAACCAAACCAAAAGAAAAGAAAAAAAAGAAAGGUUUCUUGUCAUCAUUAUUGGGAGGUGAAGAAGAGGUAGAGAUGGAUAUUUCAAGUCCAACUGGCUUUGAACAUAGAAGUCAUAUUGGUUGGAACCCAGAACAAGGUUUCGAAAUUAGAAAUAUUCCACCCGACUGGAGAAAGUUGUUCCAGUCUGCCGGUAUCACUAAAAAGGAACUCAAGAAUGCCGAGACUGCUCAAUUCAUUGUCAAUAUCAUUGGUGAGAGUUUGGCAUCUGCCGGUGGCGCUCCACCUCCACCUCCAUCACGUGGACCAGCUCCACCAAGCGGUGGCGGAGGUCGUUCAGCACCACCCCCACCCCCACCACCAGGUGGAAGCAGAGCUACUGCUGCCCCACCCCCACCUCCACCACAUUCGACUGGCGGUGGUCCUCCACCUCCUCCACCUCCAAUGAAGUCUGGAGGCGGUCCACCACCACCACCUCCUCCUCCAGCACCAGGUGCACCACCCCCACCUCCAGCUCCAGGAGUCGCCCCUAGUGGCGGAGGCGGCGGUGGCGGCGGCGGCGGUGCUGCUCCAGGAGGCAGAUUCGAUUUACUUGCUUCUAUUCGUGAAGGUACCUCUCUUAAAAAGGUCGAUGCCUCUCAACCACUCCCAGAACUCAACAAUCUCGGUGACGUUGGUAAUCGUUCACUCUGUGAUACUUUGGCUGCUGCCAUGGCUCAUCGUAGAGGUAACAUGAGAGAAGAUGAAGAUGAUGAAGAUGAUGAUGAUGAUGAUUGGUCCGACUAUUAA